CAAUAACACGCCCUCAGUGCCAACCCGCCUCACCUCACAUCCUCCGUCAAACCUCACUCCAUCAUGCUCGACAUCAACGACUUCAUCAAGGAACGCGGCGGUGACCCGGCCAAAAUCAAGGAAUCGCAGCGUCGCCGCCAUGCACCGGAAGAGGUCGUAGACGAGGUCAUCGCAUUAUUCGAGGACCACCGCAAAACUCACUAUGCCGCCGCAACGGAGAUGGGAGCCAAGCUCAACAAGGUGCAAAAGGACAUGGGCCUGAACAAGAAGAACAAGGGCGAUCCGGAAGAGUUCAAGGAGUUGCAGAAGCAAAAGAAGGACUUGGAGGAUGAGAAGAAGGGCCUGGAGGAGUUGGCCGCACAAAAGCAGAAGGAACUGUUGAAGAAGGCGAAGAGCAUUGGAAACUACGUUCACGUAUCUGUACCAGUUUCGGACAAUGAGGACCAGAACGCACUUGUUCGAGACUGGGCACCAGAGGGCGUCGCGGUGGAGAAGAAGGACUGUCUGUCACAUCACGAAGUGCUCACGCGGAUAGAUGGAUACGAUCCGGAGCGUGGUGUGAAGAUUGUCGGCCACCGCGGAUACUGCCUGACAGGGUACGGUCUCUUCCUCAACCUUGCUCUUGUGAACUAUGGCCUCGAAUUCCUCUUCAACAAAGGCUACAAGCCGAAUCAGCCACCCUUCAUGAUGCUGCGGGAAGCCAUGGCCAAGACCGCUCAACUGGAGCAGUUCGACGAGGAGCUGUACAAGGUGACCGAGAAGGAGAACGACCCGGCCAGCGACAAGUACCUCAUCGCAACCUCAGAACAGCCCAUCUCUGCUCUGCACGAAGGCGAGUGGCUGAACAAGGAAGAUCUGCCCAUCAAGUACGCUGGCUACUCGACCUGCUUCCGAAAGGAAGCUGGCUCACACGGCAAGGAUGCGUGGGGCAUCUUCCGCGUGCAUCAAUUUGAGAAGAUCGAGCAAUUCGUCUUCUGCAAGCCAGAGGACAGCUGGGAGCACUUUGACGGCAUGAUCAACACUUCGGAGGAGUUCUACAAGAGCUUGAAGAUCCCGUACAGAGUUGUUGCCAUCGUUUCUGGCGCGCUCAACAACGCCGCGGCCAAGAAGUACGAUCUCGAGGCAUGGUUUCCAUUCCAGGGCGAGUACAAGGAGCUGGUGUCAUGCUCGAACUGCACCGACUAUCAGACGAGGGAGCUUGAAAUCAGAUUCGGUCAGAAGAAAUUGACCGACACACAAAAGACAUAUGUUCACGCCCUCAACUCGACACUCUGUGCGACCGAGCGCGCGCUUUGCUGUGUUUUGGAGAAUUACCAACGUGAAGACGGUAUCGAGGUGCCCGAGGUGUUGCGGAAGUACAUACCUGGUCAACCCGAGUUCUUGCCAUAUGUCAAGGAGCUGCCGAAGGACUCGACCAGCUUGAAGGCAAAGGGCAAGGUUGAAGGCAAGGCCGCUCCCAAACUUCCGAAGGAGGGCGAGGUUGUUGAGCGACCAAAGCACAAGGCGGAGGAGGUCAAGUCAUGAACCAGUCGGGUGCAGUCUUGAAAUGUGUGCAUGACCGACGCCGAUGAAGAGUAACGCUCAGCCGUCGCUUUCACCAGAGAGGAGGAUUACGGCGAGCAUUUGUUGACAGACGGACUGAUGCAUGCGGCAUUUGUCGAGCAAGCUGCGUAGCAGGAUGGUCAUGUACUUUGCCGCCGGUCCCAGUCAUCCAGCCAGUCGAGCUGAGAGACGGAAACGAUUCAACGCAGCCAUAGCAGAUGAAGCAUGCAGACAUAUGCUGCUAUCCGACCAUCG